GUGCAUUCGGUUCUCAAUGAAGCUGUGCGGUUGCUUUGCGUUGUUCCGCUCUAACAACGGUUUAAAGCUCAUGCAUAUACUAAGUUGGCCAAGUGUGUGUGUGUGUGUGUGUGACGGUCAAAACAAAUAUUUCUGUAUGUGUGUGUAUGUGUAAAUACUCAACAUUUCGAUCGUAACGCAAUCUAAUUUGAAUUUCGUCCGCCGAACUUAUCAGCGCGACAUUGACAACAACAACAAUAUAUGUUGCAGCUAGAUUCGGAAGCCAUCUUUAUCUUUUUUAUUUUAAGCACAAGCUUCUCUGUGAGAUCGACACGACGACAGGACUUGCCCUGUAACUAGUUGCAAGUUGCUUGAAUUGGAAUAGGCCAACACGCGCCCGUCUCUAGUUGGCCAAAUGCCAGGCAAAGCAACCGAUUUCAGCCAAUUUCAGCUGAAACAAGUGUUUCUCUUUCAGUUAAUUUUACGUCAUUUGUAAAGUUCAUCACACGUCACGACGCCAAUCUCCAAAACAGUUACAAUAUAAUAAUACCAAUAAGUGCGUUCAUCUUGAUAAUAAUACCAAUAAGAACAACAUAAUAAUACGAAUAAGAAAAAUUUUGAUACAAAUUAGACGUGAUUACUAAACGACGAUAUUUUUAUAUGUUUCGAAAAUAAGCGUUACGUUUUGGUACAGUCAACCGCUGUUGAAAAUUGCUACAGAAAUUUGUGUGUUUUUUUUUACCAAGUUUAAAAAUUAGCGAUUGAUCCUGUUAAUACGACUUAAAAGCACUGCAAGAAUAUUUUUGCCAAAAGCAUCAAAUCGAUGACUAUAUUUGCUCAUUCGAGGGACUUGGUGACUUAACAAUGGACUCCCUAGCCAUAUUCAUAUUCUUGUGGGCCGUGCUGGCCCUCUUCUCCGUUUGGCUGUGCAAGCUGCUCUACCAUAAGUAUCUCAACAAGGGCGCCUCCGCCAGCGCCAGCAACAGUCGUCAGGGCAGCGUGGCCCCCGGCGGUGCCUUGGGGGCCGGUGGUGCUAAGCUGGAAAAGCGGCUGUCUGAGCCACGCGAUCUGCUGGCCACCAAAAGCAAAGUAGACGAUUUGUCCAAGCCACUUACGGCUGGUGGCUCAGCGGGGCGUGGACGCUCCACAGCCUCGCCCAUGGGCGGCAGCGGCGCUGCAGCCGGUGCGCGACGUCGUGUGGUGCGUCAGAGUUCCACAGGACCAGAGAAUCGCAAGAAACGCUAUGUGCCGCCGCCUUCGAAUGUGGUGGGACCCGAAACGAGCUCCGUCACGUGGACGAGUCAAGUGUUUCGCUGGCUGUACAGCGAUCUGGUUAUAGUCAACGAGCUGCUCAUGUCCUGGGUGAUUGCCAUCAACGAUACGUUGCGCAAGUCCGUCGAGGAGCAUGGCGUGGCCGUUGAAGUGGUGCGUGUGCUGCCCGACAGCCCGGCACCGGGCCUGAACAAUAUCUUCUGCAACUGCGAGGAGCACAAUCCCGCUGAAAUGCUGAUCACCUUCGAUUGCGAUGCGAUGCCCGUGCUGCAGGUGAAGACCUUCCGGCAGAAGUCAGGCAAGGUGGAGACCUCGCAUUAUAAGGUCACCGUGUCGCGAUUCCGUGCACGCAUGUCCAUACCCAUCAACUAUAAUACGCUUAAGGGUGAGAUGCGUGUCGACGGCUAUCCGGACGUACGCAUUGCCAUGAACAGCGUGGGCGCCAUCAAGGCCAUGGAUCAGGAUGAGCAGCAGCUGCAGACUGUCAUUGGCGACAUACUGACGACGGCGCUGCGUGACACCGUCUAUCCGGUGGACUUCUCCAUCUACUCGACCUGCCCGCGCGCCGAGGUGGAGCCCUUGGAGCUGCCUGUAAUCUAUCCCGUGCAUUAUGACUCGUUGGCGCACAACAUGGAACACCUGGGCGCAGGUAUUCUGCGCGACUCGCAGCACAUGGUGUCCGGCCGGCGUUUGCUGGUGAAGAUCGUCAAGGGUGAGGGACUGCGGGACGCUCACGAGCCGUAUGUUGUCAUUGAGAUGGACGAGCCAGCGCAGAAAAACCAAACGGGCACGCAGCGCGGCAGCAAGCCUUACUGGGAUGAGCACUUCCUCUUUGAACUCUCCCCACAAUCUGCUGAAAUACUCUUUGAGGUCUACGACCAUCCGGUGAUUGCAUCGGAUCCGCCCAAGUUCCUUGGCCUCGGCCUGGUUGGCAUCGACGAACUGGCCGUGGGGCCCGCCUCCACGCAACUGCUGCAAUUGCAGCCGCGACCCUACGAAACGCAGCCGGUGUCGGGCGCCAUAACCGUGGACUUUGUGUUCAUCGAGGGCGCCGAGAUUCCGGCCAGCGCGCGUCCCAAUCGCCUGAAGGAGGCCCUGCGCCUCAGCACGCCCGCCAUCAACGAGCACAUACGCAACGGUGCCGACCUGGCCGAUGCCGCUGUCCGAGCCCUGCAGGACGGCACGCUCUCGGGCACCAGCGGCGGGCAGCCCAACAAGAGCACCCUGAUCAUCCACAGUGUGCAGCGGAACUCGAGCAAUCCAAAUGCAUUUAAGGUCGAGCUGAACAAAGAUGGCCAGAUCGAGGUCGUCGAAUCUCCCACUGAGCUCGACCAGGUUGUUGCCCAGGCAUUCGAGCGUGCCGCCACCGAGGCGGCCAACAUGGCCAGCGCCAGCGCCAGCGCCUCGGCCGACCUGGUAGACAGCCCGGCCAGCGAAUCGGCAAACACGACAGGUAACAAUAACUCCAACGAGGAAAGCACAGCCGAGUUUGGUCAGCCAAAUGCCGCCUCCUCGCCGAACGGCAGCGGCUACACACAGCACAAUAACUACAGCUUAAAUGGAACCAGCAAUCUCGCCGGUCCGGCCAAUGGUAGCGGCAACUCGAACAGCCUGCCCAGAAACGGCGGCAGUUCGGCGUAUGCGGGCCUGCAGCAGCCGUCGGGCCAGGAGCUGGACGGACGUGGUCGCAGCAAAAAACGUAAUUUCUUUGGCACCCUCAAGAAACGGCUCAGCCGCUCCAAAACACGCACCCUCUCGGCUGACCAGCCGAAUAACAACCAUAAUUCACAAUCAGCCACCAAUUCCGCCAAUACAACAACAGCCACAGGACUCACAAGAACAGCCACAGGAGCCCUUAAUGGUGAAUCUUCCCGUUCAUUAUCUGUCGAUCGUGCCACUCUGUCUAAAAGCAAUUCACUUGGACCCCGCAUGGGAAUUGGCUCAUCCAUCACCGACCACUCACGACGCUCUUCAAUUUCAGAAUCCUCAGCCAUCUCUGGAUUCUCCUCGGCCAGCAACAAAACCUAUGUCCAUGAGGCAUCCACAUUGGUCCUAGAAACCGUAGAGAAUGGCAUUAAGCGACACUUUAUCGUGCCGCUGGCCAUUGCACAGAGACCCCGCUGGCGUCGCAAGGGCACCAAGCUGCACAUCUACAAUGACCACACGUUCAUUGCCAAGCAUUUGAGCGGCAGCGGCCUGCAGUGCUCGAUCUGCAUGAAGUCCAUACCACGGCGGCCGGGCAAGCAGGGCUACGAGUGCCGCGACUGCCAGCUGAUCUGUCACAAGCAAUGUCACAUACGGGCCCCACAGGCGUGUCCCAAUCCCACUGUUCUCUCCAUGGAACUGGCCUCAUAUCCGGUACUCACAGAGCGAGAUUUGAAUAUAGUUAACUGAAUCAAAAUACUCACACUUAAAUAUCCCAUACACUAUUUGUAUUAAUAAUUAAUAUUGUAAUGUCUGCUAAAUGCUGUUGAAUAUUUACUGUAAGCAAAAGAUUUUCUGUUUGAGCUUUUCAAAGUUGCGAUUGGCGUCAGGAUUCGAAAUUAUUUGGCAUUAAUUAUUUAUUUCUAUCCUUUGCUGUUCUUGCUCUAAAAUAAUAUAAAUCCUCGAGUGUUUGCACGUCCUAACAAAUAUAUAUGGACUAUCCCUUAAAAUGUGUCGUAUAUUUAAACGCUUUCACCAACUAUCUAUCUAUCUAUCUGUCUAUCUAUCAUCUACUCCAUGAUUAUUUCAUACAGAUUUCUAACAUAAUUUGAUGUUUUUCUAUUUCACAAAACAAACACACACACACAUACACAUAUACAACUCACAACAACUAAAACCUUGGACACAGGAUGCCUUGUGAUCAGUAAAUAUAAGAGCACAAUAUAAAUUUGAUAUUUUUCAAAGAGUUUAAGGUAACAACAAGAGUUUAUGUGCAAGUUAUCGUAAUUUUGACGCCAAGAGCAAAAUAUGGUAGACAAAAAUAUUCAGAGAGAAAGAGAGAGAGAGAGAGAGAGAGAGAGAGGGAGCAGAGAGUUUUAGGAUCACGUCCGGUUCCGCUCAACGCAACAGUUCAGUUUUUUUGUGAACUUCCGUUUUCUAACGUAGGACAAUGGAACGAAACUAAACUCAGCUGCUGCGGAUCGUAGCAUUAGGAAAUUGUGAAAAUUUACAAUGCACCGAUUUGAAUCGAAAUAGUAAUUUUAAAUAGUUUGCAAUUUAUACACUAAACGAAAAGAAGUCAUCUAGAUUAUUUAAAUCUUGAACUCUAAAAACAAAAAGAAAAUACACUUGCAUACAUACUUCUGUAUGUAUUUGAUCCUUAUCUCUUUUACUAUAAUUAUGUUAUAUAUUUUUUACACGAGUGCAAUACUUUGGUUUCAUUUAAAGAAUAUCUUUUUUUUUUACUGAAUUUCUUAGCAUUAACAAAAAGAGAGCCUAUGAACAUGUUUAUAAUUACCAUCACGAAUAAUAAUUGUACAAAAUUGAAAA